CCCGCCUCCUUCCGGCGGCCUCGACUCUUCCGCGGCAGCGGGCGGCCCGGGCGUGGGGCUGGGGGCGAUGGCUCCCGGGGCGGCGCGGCGGGCCCGGCGCAGGGUGCGGGGCGCCCCGCCGGCCGGGGCGCGGGCUCGCUCGGCCGAGGACUGGUGGUGGGACCGGCUGGUGCCCCGCGGCUCCGGGUACCACCUGCUGCAGUCGGACAGCAUGCUGCUGCUGCUGCCGGGCCCCGGGCCGGCCCGCCCCCGCGCGCAAAGACGGGCGGCCCGCGCCCCGGCCGCCAAGGCCAGGCCUAGAGCGGCGCCCGCUCCGGAGCCGCCGCGGGGGCCCGACCCGGGCUGGGGCGACCGCAUCCCGCUGGAAAUCCUGCUGCAGAUUUUCGGGCUGCUGGUGGCGGCCGAGGGGCCCAUGCCUUUCCUCGGCAGGUACCCGGGCCCGUCAAGCGCCGCAGCGGGGCUCGGGCUGACCUCCUGCCGGCCCCGCGGGUGGCUGAGGCGGGGGGUGGUGGGCAGAGCGCGUGGCCGGGGGAGCGCUCGCACACGCGUGCGAGAGGGCACCGUCCCUCGGGCGUCCAGUGAGUCCCCAGGGCCUGUCCUUGAGCUGAGGUGGCCGCAGCGUCGUGACCGGCCUCUCCUCUUAGAAAACCCCCUCAGCAACGCCCACAAAAGGUCCGGCCCCUCAGCUGAGAUUCCCCCCCAGGGCUGCACGCGUGUGCCGCCGCUGGCACGAGGCCGCCUCCCAGCCUGCGCUCUGGCACACCGUGACCCUGUCGCCCCCGCUGGCUGGUCGCCCGGCCAAGAGCGGAGCCAAGGCCGAGAAGAAGCUUCUUGCCUCUCUGGAGUGGCUGAUGCCCAGUCGCUGGUUAGCGAGUGCUGUCCGCGGCUCACCUUCCUCAAGCUUUCUGACUGCCAUGGCGUGACCCCCGACACUCUGGUCAUGCUGGCCAAGGCCUGCUCCCAGCUCCACAGCCUGGACAUACAGCACUCCAUGGUGGAGUCCACCGCUGUGGUGAAUUUCCUGGAGGAGGCAGGGCCCCGAAUGCGCAAGUUGUGGCUGACCUACAGCUCCCAGACGACAGCCAUCUUGGGUGCGCUGCUGGGCAGCUGUUGCCCCCGGCUCCAGGUCCUGGAGGUGAGCACCGGCAUCAGUCGCAACAGUACUCCUCUCCAGCUGCCCGUGGAGGCCCUGCAGAAGGGCUGCCCCCAGCUGCAGGUGCUGCGGCUGCUGAACCUGAUGUGGCUGCCCAAGCCUGCCGGGCGAGUGGCGGCUCCCGGCCCAGGCUUCCCCAGCCUCGAGGAGCUCUGCCUUGCCGGCUCCACCUGCAACUUUGUGAGCGAUGAGGCCCUGGGCCGCCUGCUCCACGGCUCCCCGAGUCUGCGCCUGCUGGAUCUUCGAGGCUGUGCCCGCAUCACACCGGCUGGCCUGUGUGAUCUGCCGUGCCAGGAGCUACAACAGCUUCACCUGGGCCUCUAUGGCAUGUCCGACCGGCUGACUCUGGCCAAAGAGGGCAGCCACCUGCUGACCCACAAAUGGUGCCACAGUCUGCGGGAGCUGGACCUGAGUGGCCAGGGCUUCAGCGAGAAGGACUUGGAGCAGGCCUUGGCUGCCUUCUCAGCUACCCCUGGGGGCUCACCCCCCGCCUUAUGCUCUGUCAACCUCAGGGGCACCCGGGUCACACCAAGCACGGUCAGCUCUGUGAUCAGCAGUUGCCCAGGCCUGCUCUACCUCAACCUGGAGUCCUGCCGCUGCCUCCCUCGGGGCCUGAAGCGGGCCUACCGAGGCCAGGAGGAAGUCCAGUGGUGCCUCGAGCAGCUGCUUACCAGCCUCCCCUCCUCUGGCUAGGCAGUCCCGGACCCCGGGCGCUCAGGUGGCCACCGGUGCCCUCCACCCUUUACAUGUUCGGGAUGAUUGAGCGUUUUGUUACAAUAAAACAUUU